GAUGAGGCGCACUUUAGCACUUGCAUUUAUUUUCUGAGAAAGAGGAGGGAGGAGAAUAUCACGCAGUUCACAGAAGCAGCGAUACCUGAAGUUGAAGACGACCUAACCAACCUCUCAGCGACACACCAGCUAUCACAAUCUCUCACUCUCUUCCGUUCCUCUCUCGAGCGAAACUCAUAAUAUUCUGUUACCCUGUUUUGUUGUCUGCUCCAUAUUCUAUAGUUUUCCCUUCUGAUUUUUCUGUUUCCCCGAGCUAGAAUGGAGAAGAUGAUUGCUCUUUACAAGCUUGAAGCUCGUGGGAUAGUGUGAAUCCUCCGCUUCACUUUCUCAUUCACCCUUAGCUUGCUUUUUCAACCUUCCUCCCCCCUCUCUCCCCCCUCCCCCCCUCUUUUUCCCCAACUUCCUCUGCUGGAGGAUGGCCUGCCGGACACUGAUCGCUGGAAACUUGGAUCCACAGAGAAAGAGAAGUGGCGGACUGAGGACUAAACAGGCGGGUAGAGGAUCGUGCCGUGGUAGUUAGAACAGGGGGGAGGCCAAACUUGCCAGGAAAUGCAUCAUCUCCGGUUUUGACCUCCGCCCAUUUUCUUGUUUCGUGUUGCAUGCUAUUGUUAAUCCAUUAUUAGUUCGGGAGAAAAACUUUUUCGCGCUUUUUUAUCCCGUCGUUGAAACGAUGGGUUUAUUGUUGAAAGAAGCCUUGAAGACCUUCUGCGGUCGAAAUCAAUGGUCUUAUGCCGUGUUCUGGAAGAUCGGCUGCCACAAUCCUAAGCUGUUAAUAUGGGAAGAAUGCUAUUAUGAACCCUUGCCUUGUCCCUUUCCCCCUAACAUUGACAGAACUGGGACAUCUAACUUGUCCUUCGGAGCUGUGGAAGGCGACAGAGUAUGUUCCUUGAUUAACAGAAUGAUGGUGAAUAAUUCAGUCAACAUUGCUGGAGAAGGGAUAAUUGGACGGGCAGCAUUCACCGGAAAUCAUCAAUGGAUUGUUUUGAACAAUUUUCCUAGAGCUGCAUAUCCGCCAGAGGUAUACAAUGAAGUGCAUCAUCAAUUUUCGGCUGGAAUGCAGACCAUUGUGGUUAUUCCUGUGCUUCCUCAUGGGGUUGUUCAACUUGGUUCUUUCUUGGCGAUAAUGGAGGAUGUUGGAUUUGUUAAUGAUGUAAGGAGUUUAAUCUUGCAAUUGGGAUGUGUUCCUGGCGUUCUUCUAUCUGAAGAUUAUUCAACAAAAGUUUCUGCCAAUAGUCUUGGUGCAGCUGUUAAUGUUGGAGUGCCUGUGUCAGUAGAUCCGCCAGUUGUUACCUCAAAUUGCAGCCCCUCUGUAGCUAGUGGCUCCAACCAACAAAGGAAUUCAUCUCACACUUCAAACUCCAUUGUACACCAAUCUCUGCCACGCGGGGAAGAGAUAAAUAAUGACCAGGUUUCUGUAUUGACACAUCAAACCCCCAACCUGACUCAGAUGUUGUCCAAGUACCAUGAUAACCUCUGCCAACCUAAGUCGAUUACGUUAAACAAACCAAACUUUACUGGCCCAUCAGAUAAUAGAGUUGUGGAGGCACAAGUCAUACCCUCAAAUCUUAAAUCAUGUCCCCAACAACCAGGUUUGUGUGAUUCAAGAACUGCAUUGAAUGAAUUGAAUGGGGUUGACCAAUCAAGUCUGAGUGACCGCAGCAUGAAGUUGAAUGAACAACAAACUUUACUAGGUAGUGCGCAUCAGAAUUAUGUCGAUUCUCUUAUAAAUGUACCAAGUAAUUUUAGCAUGACUCAAAUGAAGACAGACAGAGGCCAUAUGCCUGACCGUUGUCAAAGUUCUGUUAGUACUCCAUUACUUGGAGGAAUCCCGAUUCAUGGUGGAAUGAGUAGCCUGUUGAGGUCAAGUUUGAUUAAUACCUCUAUUUCAGAACCUCCCAAAGUUGGUACUGCUGAUUUUUCUGGAACACAAAAAGUUGGUACUGGAGUUCAACGUGAUGAUUCAACUAGAGCAAGGGCUUUUUCUCACCCUUAUGUGACUAGUCAAUUAGAUACUUGUCAUAGGCCUCUAGAAAGCUCUGAUUGGAAGAAUCUUCCCCUUGAUUUAAAGUGUGCUCGUGACAAGUUUGGCCCAAAUGAUCAAAUGAUAGACAGUGAUUUGCUUCAGGCCCUUAAGAUCCCAUCUCUUCGUCUUGAGGAGCAUGUGCCUGCGAGUGAUCAAAUUAUGGGUUUCAGCAAUGGUUCCCUCGAUAACGAUUUUACAAGUCAAGCUUUCACAGAACGAGAAGCUUACGCUCAAUCUUCAUCAGGAGAUGACCUAUUUGAUGUUUUAGGUGUGGGUUUUAAAAACAAAAUCCUGAAUGAAAACUGGAAUAAGUUUCUUCCUGAUGAAUCAGACGGUGAUGCGAGAGUCCUGGAUAAAAAGGCAGCAUGUAUGAAUAUGCAGGGUGUAGACGCUGAUUGCUAUUCAGUUAAUGAGACAGUAUCAGAUAGUGGCAUUUUCUCUGGGAGGGGAACUGAUCACCUAUUGGAUGCUGUGGUCUCAAGAGCUCAGUCUGCUGUGAAACAGGAUUCUGAUGAUAUGUCUUGCAGGACAACGGUGACUAGGAUCAGCAGUGCCUUUGUUCCCUCUUCUUCCUACAGGCAGGUUAUGUCCGAUCAUGCCCUUGGUGGAUUGUUGAACUUUCCCAAGACUGAGGGUAAAUUGAGUGCUGCAGAAACUUGUUCUCUUGGGUCUGGAUAUCACAAGGAUGAUGCUGGAGACUGUUCUCAAACUACUUCCAUUUAUGGGUCUCAACUGAGUUCAUGGGUAGAGAAUGUUAGCAAUGUGAAGCGUGAAAACAGUGUUGCAACUGGUUACUCUAAGCGACCAGAUGAAGCUGGCAAAUCAAAUCGCAAAAGGCUUAAACCUGGAGAGAACCCAAGACCUCGACCUAAAGAUCGCCAAAUGAUUCAAGACCGUGUGAAAGAGUUGCGGGAAAUUGUGCCAAAUGGAGCAAAAUGUAGCAUUGAUGCGCUUCUUGAACGGACCAUAAAGCACAUGCUUUUCUUGCAAAGUGUAACAAAGCAUGCUGACAAGUUGAAACAAACUGAGGAUUCCAAGACUAUUAAUAAAGAAGGUGGGCUGGUUCUAAAAGAUAAUUUUGAAGGAGGGGCUACAUGGGCAUAUGAGAUUGGCUCACAAUCAAUGGUUUGCCCUAUCAUAGUUGAGGAUCUUAAUCCCCCUCGUCAGAUGCUAGUGGAGAUGCUUUGCGAAGAACGGGGUUUCUUUCUGGAGAUAGCUGACUUGAUCAGGGGAAUGGGUUUGACCAUUUUAAAGGGGGUAAUGGAAGCUCAAAAUGACAAGAUCUGGGCACGCUUUGCUGUGGAGGCAAAUCGGGAUGUGACAAGGAUGGAAAUAUUUAUGUCACUGGUUCAUCUUCUGGAACAAGCAGCAAAGGGGAAUGGUGCUUCUACAUCGAACGAAAUCAACAACAUGAUGGUUUAUCACUCCUUCCCACAGCCUUCUCAAAUACCAGCAACUGGGGGACCUAGUAGUUUGCAAUGAAACCACCUGCCAUAUAGAUUCCUUGGCCUGGAUGUGUUGGGAGCGAGUCUGGUAUUUUACUUGCUGUGACUGACGUCAAUUCCGGUCCAAGACUUAACCUUGUCUAACUGUUUUACACCUCACAUGACCUCAUUUUGUAGGUGGAUGUGUUUAGUUAGCGAAGAGCAAUGCAAGAUUAAUAUUUAAUCUUAUAUAUGUAUCCUUAGUGUUUCUUCUGGUGCCUGCCAAGAUAUCUUAUCCUGCUCUGGCAGUCUCCACUGAUGCUAUAUGUUAGUGCAACUCUCAGAUUACUUGUAUAAGUUUUUCCUUAAUCUCUGUGGUUAUGGGCUUGUGCUUCAGAUGUAUAGGUAGUGUAGGAUGUGGAAUGAAGUGGGUUUGUGCGUUCACGGGAUGAGGACUAUGCACUUUUUCUCCCCUUUUAUCCGUUUGAUUUCUGAGGUUUCUUGGGUUGAUGAUCUCGACUGUGCAGUGUUGUUAAUUUCAACAGUAGGUGUGGUUUGUAUAUCAUCAAUGGAGUCUGUGCAAGAUGCUGCUCAUUGUAACCGGAGCUAUGCUUUAAUCUAUCUCUAUUUGUGGUGAUUGGUUGCUAGACUCU